AUGGCAGACAUAUCACAGCAACAGCUUGAUGAGAUCUAUGCCUUUGCGGUACAGCUAGGCAAAGAUGCGGGCCAGAUGCUCAUGGACGCAGCUCGGCGUCGGAUGCAAGGCAAAGACGCCACGACCAUCGUAGACUACGUCGAGAAAGAGAACUCGGUCGACCUCGUGACCAAGACAGACAACGACGUCGAGGCCUUUAUCCACAACGCCGUCGCGAAGAAAUACCCAGACCACAAGUUCAUCGGCGAGGAGACCUACUCGGCUGGUGCUUCGCGCGCCUACCUCAUCGACGCGGCUCCGACAUGGAUCGUCGAUCCGCUCGAUGGCACCGUCAACUUCACCCAUCUCUUCCCCAUGUUCUGCGUGUCCAUCGCCUUUGCCAUCGACGGUCACCCCGUCAUCGGGGUGAUCAACGCGCCGUUUCUUCACCAGACCUUUUCAUCCUGUCGCGGCAAGGGUGCUUGGCUCAACGAGACGCAGCGGUUACCAUUGAUCCGGAAUCCAGUCCCUGCUCUACCGGCCAAUGCGCCCAGUGGGUGUACGUUCGCAUGUGAGUGGGGCAAGGACAGGAGAGACACGCCCGAAGGGAACAUGAUACGCAAGAUCGACUCGUUCAUGAACAUGGCAGCCGAGAGAGAGGGUAGAGGCGGCAAGGGGGGGAUGGUGCAUGGCGUGCGCAGCCUUGGAAGGGAUGUUGCUGCUGGCAUUGCGAUUCUCGAGGAGGCCGGAGGCUUGAUCACAACAGCGAAUCCGCCAGCAGAUUUCGAGACAGCUGACAUCCCGCCUGUCAAGCUGGGGAGCAGGCUAUAUCUAGCCAUACGGCCCGCUGGCGACCACCCUGACGAGACUGCCCGACAAUCACAGCACAGAGUUGUGCGCGAAACCUGGAAGCGAGUGCAAGAGUUGAGCUACAGCCGACCUGGCGUAUAA